CUUCAAUUAUUUUUUGUCAGUCAAUGAGACUUUUUGGUCGAAGUCAAUAAUGAAGGGUUCAGGGAGAAAGGUUGUUGCAGAGCGACUAGACCUGUCCUUACCCGAUCUACGAGCUGCAUUUCUUGACUGUUUCGGGAGAACAUUGUCAUAUAGUCAGGGCUUUGAACUAGCCACGCUAAUCAUGAAUUCCUGUUGAAGAGCAUGCAGCUUGGUUUCAAGCUUCGGGCGCAGUGUAUGGAUGCACGUCGAGCGGCAGAAUUUUUCUAUCUCUACUGUCAAGAGGAAGGGGAACUGAAAACUGGGUCUGGAGAAGUUCACUCGAGGAGCAGCACAUACGUACAUCAGUGCCUUUCCAAGGCCAGUGACCCCAAGUAAAAUUGAUACUGAAUUGUGUCAGCACCUGAUGGUGGUAUGACCUAUUCCUAAAUUAGCCUACUUUGCCUGUUAGUGAACAGUGGAGCAUAGCAGAACAUUAUCAAUUCUGUCACAAGCCGUGGCAAGAUAUGGGAUCGUACCGUUGCGCUGAAGGUGUGCGAGCUGGGCUGCAAGGCGGUUGCUGCAGUAGAUCGCUAUGCGGCCCAAGUGAAUGCAUGAUUCACUGUCUGGAUACCAUGUUAUUGGAUAUGAAUGCGCUGUUAGACAAUGUCAUAUUAUUCUGACAGAUAUGCAGUAGGAAGCAUCCAGCAAUGAUGAGAAUAUGUGUGAGCAAUGUUUCGUGAGCAUUGCUACCAAGUCUAGCCUCACUGUCAGCUUUGAUAAAACAAAGUGCACGGUCGUCAAUUCGGAUCCACUUUUUUUUCCGAGUACUUGGUGUUUUCAGAUGCCGACAUCUAAAUUGUGAAAGAACUCACUUACCUAGGUAGCUGUAUUGCUGGCCACAGUCUGUUGUCGGUUGAGGUGUCUUCAUGUCUUGCCAAGGCUUCUCUGGUAUUUGGUGCCUUGCAUUCUUCUAUGUUUGGGAACAGCAACAUAUCCAUUCAAACCGAACACACGUUUGUUUUGCAGUUCUGUCAACGUUGCUACAGUCAUGGCCAGUCAAGGCAACUGGUACCCUUCGACUAUCAGCAUUCCACAACCGCUAUGUUAGCUUCAUCUCAGACGUUAGCAAGUCGGAGCAACGGUAUGAGCAUCUCUCCACCAUUGCCAUCUUGGGUACUGGCAGACACUGACUGCGUACCCCAUUAGCCGGUGGCUGUAUGGCUGUGGUUGGAAUGCAUCCGCAGAGGCUUACCCAGGAUGACGUUGAAACAAAAGUUGAACUGCUGCGCAAGUAUUUUGUUGAUGGUCCUGGAAAAGACAGUGGAAUUACAUCAAUGUACUUACAUUUUGACAUUACCAGGUACCGCAAAAUGACAUCACUAAGGGACUAUUACCACGUGUUUGGAGACUCGCAUCUACAUGAGAAAUUGCUUGGCCUGACGUACAAAAUAUCGGCUGAUGCCUUCUUCCAAGUAAACACCCCUGCCACUGAACGUCUGUACACAUUAAUCUGUGACUGGUGCGAUGUCAACAAGGACUCUAUUGUCUUGGGCAUCACCAAUGCUGAGUUUAUCUGUGGCAAAGCAGAAUUUUUCAUGGACGGGCUGAUGAAACGAUACGGCCGCAACCCCAACCUGGUCGCCGUUGUUGAUCCACCACGAGCUGGCUUGCACGUAUCUAGAUCCGGAUGUGUGCCAGCUCAUUCGCAAGACCUCUGCCCUGAACCGUCUUGUCUUCGUCGCCUGCAACCUCAAGCAAUUUAAGGACAACUUGUAUUGUACCUAUGCAAACAUCCCAACAGGGCAAUCAAUACAAUGGGCUUCAGGCCACUCAAGGCAGUCACUGUGGACAUGUUUCCGCACACACCGCACUGUAAGGUCGCCAUGCUCCUGGAGAGGGUACCAUCUCCCAGACUCGCCGACUUCAAGUCUGUGGGGGAGCCAACGGCAGCCGACACAACACAACAGCCAAACCAAGCUGCAGCUCAGGCAGAGUAAGGCAACCGCGCUUCUGUGCACCAUUGGAGCAGCUCUGACUGGACGAUUGUUGCACUGCUUGAGCAUGCUGCAGAGGUAGUGCUGUUGAGCAGCUGACCGUCAAGGUCAUGACUCAUGUGCUAAACAAGAUGGUGUCUCAGCAGCCAUUCUAAAAUGUGCAUUCAAUGGUGGUCAGGAUUACGUCCUAAGGCAGCCCCGGAGCUGCUCCUGUUCUCCCCUUUGCGCGUACUGUGAAUCCCCUUGGAGCGUACCGGCUCUGAUGUGACAAAACUGAAUUAUUUUGUCACACAACCCACAUCACAUUGUGGAUCGUACAGCUCUCUGAUAUUUAUUGUGCUUUUUUCAUUGGCCUGAAUUUAAAUCCAACCCAAGUGUUAUCAAUCACAAUCAAGGAGUAGUAAGCUUCUUCUUUUUUAGCACAUCCUGAUCCACAAAACACCCUGGUGGCCGGAGAAACCCCCAAUCUAAUCCAUGCUACUAUGGCUUUUACCAUGAAGAGCAGGUUGUGAUCUGGA